AUGGACCUCUCCGCCACCCUCUUCCUCUUCCUCGCCGCCCUGGCUGCCGCCGGACUGGAAGCCGCGGUUGCCGGUGCAAGGCCGAAGCCCGGCUCCAACAUCACUGUAAUGGGCACCGUCUUCUGCGACAUCUGCGCCAACAACAGCUUCUCCAAGCACAGCUACUUCCUGCGAGGUCGGUCGACCCACAGAAUCUCUCUCUCUCUCUCUCUCUCUCUCUGAAUGGCCGCGUGUUACUGACUCUACUGGGUUUCGAUUUUUCUCAGGGGCCAAGGUAAGAGUGGAGUGCAGCUUCAAGGCAGCUGGGGCGGCGAGGGAGGAGAUCACAAUCUCGGUCGAGCGGACGACUGACCGGUUCGGGGUCUACCGAGUGGACGUCCCGCCGGUGGACGACUUCCAGUGCAGGGAGGGCCGGGAGAUCGAGUCCUUCUGCAGGGCGAACCUCGUCCGCAGCUCCUCCCCUUUGUGCAACGUGCCCGGCCUGAGCAUAUCGUCGGAGCACGUCGGCGUCCGCUGCGCCGAGGCCAACUUCUGCGUCUAUAACCUGAACGCCCUCUUCUACAGGCCCGCCAAGAGGGACUUCGCCCUCUGCGGCGCCGCCCCCGCCGCCGGAACCGGAGAGCAGCUCUCCGACUCCUUCGGCUCCUCGCUCUUCUUCUGGCCGCCCUUCCCCCCGUUCGGGUUUCCCUGGCCCUUCCCCCACUGGCCUCCAUUCCCUUUCCCCUUCCCGUUCCCCACCCCCACCCCCUCGACCUCUUUCCCCUUCCCGUUCCCCACCCCCACCCCCUCGACCUCUUUCCCCUUCCCCUUCCCCUUCCGCAGCCCACCGCCGUCCUUUCCUUUCCCUUUCCCCUUCCCCAGCCCACCGCCGUCCUUCCCUUUCCCCAGCCCAGCGCCGUCGUUUCCAUUCCCCUGGCUGGCACCGCCGCCACCGUCUUUCCCCUUCCCCUUCGUCCCACCACCGGGCCCGCCGCCCUUCAACUUCCCGCAGCCUCCUGGUUGGUUUCCCCCGCCGCCGCCACCCCCGGCUUUCCCCUUCCCCUUCCCUCCAUCUCUGUUCCCGUCUCCGCCUCCUCCGCCGUCCUUUCAGUUCUCGUUCCCCCCAUUCCUGUUUACCCCAUCUCCUCCUCCCCCCUCCCCGCCGCCGCCCGCCUUCUCAUUCUCUCUGCCGCCGUUCCCUACCAACCCCUUCGCCCCUGCGCCGCCACCUCCGCCUUCAUCCCCGCUCCCAUCUUCGCCACCCCCGUUCUCACUGACCAAUCCAUGGUCGUGGUUUCACUUCCCCAAUCCGACGUCCCCAGACGUGCCACGCGAGCACCCUUGA